AUGGCUGCUCUCCAGAAGGAGGCCGAGGGGAUGGAGCUGCACCUCUGCCCGACGUCACAGUCGGGCUACAAGGGCGUGUGGAACACGGGCAAGAAGAACCUCCGCUACGAGGCGGCCGCGGGCUCCCACCGGCUGGGCCGGUUCGAGACGGCUGUCGACGCCGCGGUGUGCUAUGCCAAGUACACUGCGUCCGGUGCGGAGGCGGCAAGCAAGUGGGCGGCACCGGCGGCGGGGCUGGUGACCGAGGCGGAGGGGCUGCGGCUGCACCUCGCCGCGGGCACGGCGACGGGAUACGCGGGCGUAUGGACCACGGGCAAGGUGGCACGCCCCUUUGAGGCGGUUGCCGGCGGCAAGCGCAUCGGCCGCUUCGCGAGUGUCGUCGACGCCGCGGUGUGCUACGCGCGGCACUUGGAGUCGGGCCCCGCUGCGGCGCGCGAGUGGCUGGCGGCGUGCGACGCAAAGUCGGCCGAGGCGCAGCGUGCGGACUCGGACAAGAAGCGUGAGGAGGCGGUGGCGAGCUGCGCGGGCAAGGGCCUGCAGACAGAGUACAAGGGGGUGCAGCUGCACCUCGCCCCCGGCUCCAAGACGGGGUACGCGGGCGUCUGGCUCAACGGACGCGGCUCCGGCUACCGCGUCGCGCUGGAGCAGAACGGCUCACGCCGCGACCUCGGCCGCUUCAACGACGUCCUCGAGGCGGCGCUGGCAUACGCGCAGUACGAGCGCAGCGAAGAGGGGCAGGGAAGCUGA